AGGAGAGAAGAAAAUAUGAGUGUGGAUGCUGCAGGAACGCACGAGUCCACGUGGUUGUGGCGCGCUCAGCCCCAUUAUAACAUAUUCACUCUCCGCUCUCCACAAUUCUCUGUGCUUCUGCGCGCACACAGAACGAGUGAGAAAGACAGUUAGGAGAAGCACUGCAAUCACAGACUAUGAGAAAAGGUUGAGCCUUUGUACAACUCAGAGCCCUUUUCCGUAUCAAUUUCGAAGGCCUCCACCAAGUCUCACCAUGUUUUCUUCUUGGCACGUUGAAGACUCCAUAAAAAUGAAGCUUCUUUUGUUGCUUCUUCUAUUGUUUCCUUUUCUUCAAGGCCCCAUGUCGGUUUCUGUUGCCGCCGAACCUCUCCUUUUGUCACCUACAGUCCCACCACCUGUGUCCCCAGCAUCAAUGGCGGCAUUUUCUCCAGAUAUUCAGGUGGAGAAUGAACGGAACGGAACAGAUUCAGACAUGAAGGUGGUAAUAGCUCUCGUCGUAGCCGGCACUGCACUUGGUGCAGUCAUUUUGUCCUUCUUAUGCCUCUGCGUUUGUUACGAGAAGUCCCCGUCCAAAUUAAAGAGGAAAGAUGUCCAAAGUUCAGAUGCGGAGAAAGGGCUUGCAAGAACCCCAUUUCUGAGAAAAUUUAGUUCACUCAAGAUGAAUGGUGAGAAGGGGUCUGUUUCCAUAGUAUUUGAUCAUAAGACGAUAGAAAAAGCGACGAACAAUUUUCUGGAAAGUAAUAUAUUGGGAGAGGGCGGAUUUGGAUGCGUUUACAAGGCUCGAUUACACAAUAACUUGGAUGUUGCCGUCAAAAAAUUGCACUGUGAAAGUCAGGACGCUCAGAGAGAAUUUCAGAACGAGGUGGACUUGUUAUGUAAAAUUCAGCAUCCAAAUAUAAUCUCUUUGCUGGGUUGCAGCAGUAAUGGCGACACGAAGUUUAUUGUCUAUGAAUUAAUGCGAAAUGGAUCAUUAGAGACUCAGUUACAUGGACCAUAUCAUGGCUCGGCGUUGACUUGGCACAUGAGGAUGAAGAUUGCUCUCGACACAGCGAGAGGAUUAGAAUAUCUGCAUGAAAUCUGUAACCCCGCAGUGAUCCAUAGAGAUCUGAAAUCAUCUAAUAUUCUUUUAGACGCAAAUUUCAAUGCCAAGCUGUGUGAUUUCGGUCUUGCCGUAGCUGAUGGGUCCCAAUACAAGAAUGACAUAAAACUCUCAGGCACAUUGGGAUAUGUAGCUCCCGAGUAUAUAUUAGAUGCAAACCAGAUCCAAUAUAUUGUUUCUUUUGGACGCAUGAGGACUUUAAUGAUGUCAUGAGGCUCGAAACUCAUGAUCUGCGUGCACCUGGUGCCUGUCUUCCGCACCUGACAGAAGGCAGGCCAUUUAUUAGAGUAGAUUAUUAAAUUCGAAUGUGGUGACUCCCACUUUAAGAUCUCUUGAGCCCAGUUGCUCAGGUUGGUAAUUUUCAGUGAUAAAAUAAUCAUACGGGUAAUCGAAACUGAAACCUGAUCUCAACUGAUGUGAGAGAAGUAUGGGUGAGGCGGAUUUGAUUAUCGUGAGAAGAUGGGAAAAUUACAGAGCCUUCCCUCAAGGGAAAUGCUAUAACAGGCCGUACUAGUGGAUAAUGAUUUUUAUAUGUUUUGACUGUUGAAUGGUAUAUGUCUUGUAUAUGCUCUGCUUCCACUGAUUUUUAAGGAAUAAGGAGAAAUGGGUUAGAUAUAAACAAGAUUAGAGUGCACUUAACAAUGACAUACCCAUUAUGUGGAAGCGAAGAAAUUGAAGUUUUCAUAUAUUUACAGGUAAAUUAACUGAUAAAAGCGAUGUGUAUGCAUUCGGAGUGGUGCUUCUAGAACUGGUGUUGGGGAGGAAGCCAGUGGAAAAGC